AUGAAAAUACAAAUAACUCCAGCGAAGUUCCCCGAAGACGCGGAAGCCAUUCUCGUUUUGUUUUCCGGGUACGCCGCCUCACUCAAAAUCGACCUGAGCUUCCAGUCAUUCCAAGAGGAGCUGGAUUCACUCCCGGGAAAAUAUGCUUCGUCCCAGGGAGGCGCGCUGUUGAUCGCACGAGAUCAGGCUCAAUUAGGUCGCAAUGGUGAUUCAUCGGCUGAUUCCUCUGCCCCGCGAUACCCUGCCCUCGGAUGUGUCGCACUGCGGCGUAGUCCCGAUGGCUGGUGUGAAAUGAAGCGUCUCUAUGUCCUCGAGGAAGCACGAGGAGAACGUUUGGGUGAAAAGCUUGUAGAGGCCAUCCUUGCACAAGCUAGGGCUCUUGGUUAUCGUGGUAUCCGACUGGACACUCUGCCCGAGAUGACUGCGGCACAGCGACUAUAUCGAAAAUAUGGAUUUGUGGACAUCGAACCAUACUACGAAACUCCAAUUGAAAGGACUGUGUUCAUGGGUUGUGAAUUUUGCGAUCAUGAAGUUCAAUGA